AUGAACAAUAGCGAUGCAGGGAGUUCGAUGGAGCAAUUUGUACAGAUGCCCGUGUACGUGGGCUUUCUGAUCAAGAUGACGGCCCAAGUGCUGUCGCAUCCCAUGGAGCUGAUUCGGGUGAAUAUCCAGGCCAAUGUGAUCCAUCAUAGUCGGCUAACCGUAAUCCAUAUGAUCCGGCUGAUGGCCAGGCAUGGGCUUCCCGGCUUUUAUUAUGGCAUUGUGGCCUCCGGCAUGCGUUGCACUGUCCACACGAUGUCCUCCUACUUACUGUUCUACAAUCUGCAAGAUAACAAGUAUGUGAUGAUGCUUAAGCCGUACAACACUGCCAGUGUCCUGAGUGUCACAGGGUUUUGGGGCGGCCUUCUGGCCACGCCCUUUGCCAAGUUGGCGGUCAUUCGGCAGGCGGAUCUUACGCGUGGAUCGUUCCAAAGGCGCAAUUACCGGAACUUCCUGAGCGGUCUCAAGUGCAUGUACAGAAAGGGCGGAUUUUUUUAUUUGUUCAAUGGAUGGCAGGUGAACUGUUUUUCGAGCACAUCAGUGGCAGUGCUGUAUACUCCCGUGAGCAAUCAAGUCCGUACCCUGAUUUCUUGGUUCCACGGACUAGACGCACCCUGGCUUAGCGAUCUGAUUACCAUGGCGCUGACGGGAAGCAUUAUCACACUUAUUAUGACGCCUGUGGAUGGAUUGGCCACCGUAAUAUUGAACGAGUCCUCCUACAGCCAUAUGUCCUACAGAGACGUGUGCCGGAAAAUAAUACAUAAACACGGUUACAGAGGUUUUUUCUUUGGUUGGAAGCCGGCUCUUAUGGCCCUUGCACCACACACCAUAUUGGCAACUAUUGUGUACAGUGUAUUAGUUGAUCGGUACAUAAUAUAA